AUGAUAGGCACAAGUCCAGGUGAACUAGUUCUUCAUUCUCUCUUGAAACAAUUUGCUUCCAUUUGUCAGUGCAAAGUUGAAGGUGCUAUUGAUGAUAAAGUGGAUAAUGAUCUGGUCAAAUGUAUGCGCCUGCAAGAGGACACGGCCUUCCAGCAGUUGCUGGCCGCUCUCCAUACUUGUGCAGAGCAUGCGUUGCCAUGCCUUUUGCAGACUAUAAACAAGUGGUACGACACACAGCACUCCAGUGGUGCCCUCUAUCCUUUUCGUCGCGUCACCUCCAAAACACUGGGAACUCGAUGUCAUACUCUCUCGGCUGCUACAGGCCACGCUCCUUCAUUAGCUGGGGGACAUGAUCUCCUCAUUCGAUCCAUGCAUGUGGAGGGAUCCAGCGCCGUUACUGGUACUGGUGCCGAUGUUACUCCUGGUACUACAGCUCAUCCUGGUGGCGCCGUUGCUGUGGCUGGAGAAUCAGGAAACAUUGUUCUGCCUCUCUCUGCUACUUUUGCUACUCCUCAGGAAUCAAACACAAUCAAACACGGAUUGUCUACCUCAGUGCGCGAAAAUAUGGCUGAGAGACGAGAUCUGUGUAUCGACAUUCUCUACUGCCAGGCGUUGACCUCUGUGCUAAAACAGCUGCCCUACCAUCCGGGUCACGAUGAAAUAAUUAACAGGAUCCUUGAUCGUUCUUUCAAGCAUUUUGAAUACAAGGAGAAUUUGCAGGCGAAACCGAAUGCGGAAAACAUCAAUACUGUGGCGGAUAUGUACGCCAAAGUAGUCGGCGAGUUGUCGCAGACGAGAUUUAACCUCGUGCGACAACACUUUUCCACACGACUGGAGCAUCUGCGUGCGAAGGAGAGUAAUCCACAUACAAUGCACAGCAUUAUCUCUCUCCUUAUGGGUAUGAAGUUCUUCCGUGUCAAGGCGAGUAUGGCUAAUUGA